GCGGGCGCUGCGGCCGCGGCCGGAAGCGGCGGCGUGAGGCCGCGUGCCGCCAGGCUGGGUGCCGCCGGCAGCGCGGGGCGCUCCGCGGCCGCCAUGAGGCACCUGCCCUACUUCUGCCGCGGCGAGGUGGUGAAGGGCUUCGGCCGGGGAUCCAAGGAGCUGGGCGUGCCCACCGCUAACUUUUCUGAGCAAGUAGUUGAAAGCUUUCCAUCUGAUAUCUCUACCGGUAUAUACUAUGGAUGGGCCUGUGUUGGAAAUGGAGAUGUGCAUAAAAUGGUUUUGAGCAUAGGAUGGAAUCCAUUCUAUAAGAAUACUAAGAAAUCAGUGGAGACGCACAUUAUCCACACCUUCAAAGAAGACUUCUAUGGAGAAAUUCUUAGUAUAGCAAUACUUGGAUAUAUUCGACCAGAAAAAAACUUUGAUUCCUUAGAUGCACUCAUUGCAGCAAUUCAGGAAGACAUUGAAGAGGCAAAAAGACAACUAGAUUUACCGGAACAUCUUAAACUCAAAGAAGACAACUUCUUUCAUCUGCCAGGGGGCAAAAUAGUCAACAACCACUGAGCAAACCCUUGCUGCUUUUUUUUUUUUUUUUUUUUUUUUUUUGCGGAGCUCUUAUGUUUGCACUGCUUGUGUAGGUACUUUGUUGUCAUUUCUAUUUGGUAAUGAGUUUGGAACCAACUCAAACAGAGUCAUUCAAAAGGUGUAAAAGCUGUUUUAGGUCUUUAUUGAUAAAUUGUGUAUCCUAAAGUUAGCACACAUGGAACAUGACCAAAGUUAAUUAUGACCUCUUCAGCUCUAAGAUGUGUAGAGUUCAUUUAAGUGAAGAGUGUCAGUUUUUAAGAUAGAGUUUAUUCCAACCUCUUUUCCCAAUUUUAUCUCAUUCUUACAUUGGCGUUGUAGGUAGUAGCUUAGAAAAUUUUGAUACUGAGCAAAAAAUUUCCUGUGGUGCAGGAAGCCAGUGCUUAGACAACAAGAACAAUUCUCUGUGGUUCUUAUUUUUUUUUUAUAUAUGCUGUUCAGCUGUUGUAGUUGAAACAAUCUUUUCAACUGAAAUUAUUUAUUUUAAUUUUAUUUGAAAUAGAGGAAGUCACUGUUGCUUGUUGAGUUACUGGAAUCUGAGAUACGUUUCUGUACAGAUGAAUGUGCAUAUGGCAGUGCGUGGCCUCUGUAGCUUCCUUCUGAGGAAGUGUAUCGCUGAAAUUCAGGAAAUGAAUGCUAAGGUGAAAGUUGGCAUGCUCUAAAGUUUUAGGCUCUAAAGGUGUGGAAGUCUUACAAAAAGACUUUUGUUCUUGGGGCUCUAAGGCAGAAGAGGUAACUGCAUUUUAUCCGCUGCUGGCAGUUGUCUUAGAUGAGGAGAACCUUAGGGUUUUUCACUGUACUAACAAUAUAAUGGCUGACUUCAAGAUUCAAGUUAGUGUAAGGCACAGAAAAAUCCCAUCAGCCCUCUGGACCAAGUGUAGGUAAGAUCCAUGGUUUGGUUGGCCAAGUAGUCAAUGCACGAAUGAAAGCCUUUGGGAAUUCAUGAAAUAAUAUAUCAACAUUAUAGUAGGAAUUAGGUAUUAUUACAAGUAAUUGCACCAUUUUCUACUCUGAAAUGUAUGCAUAGAUAAACGGAGGGGUAUUAUCAAGAUGAAUAGGAGUUUGGAUACUACUACUUAAAGUAUAUUAUGUGAGUCCAAAUAUAAAUGUAUUUCUUCCCCUGUAGAUUUUUCUAUCCCCUUCUCAGUAAGGGGAGCUAGGUAAGUUGCCAUGACUCUUUCAUUUUUAUAUUUGAUAUUGGCUUAUGAUACGGCAGGAAUAUUUCCUGAAAUUCAAAAUAAUUCUGUGGAUAUGUCCAAACGGUAGUUCUGUGAAAGAACUGUAAUCUGAGGAUGCGCAGUUUCUAUAUUGUAACUUUAUGAAUUUACUCCUUGUCCUAGUCUGUUUGGACACUACAUUUUGGUUGACCGUUUAAGAGGGUUUUAAGCAGAUGGCCUGCUGUCUUCUUUGUGGCUGGUGCUGUUACGAUGCUAGCUCCACUUCGUAUUGUUUUAACUUUCAGCCGCUACCAGGGGAUAUUAUUAGGGAUGAGGCCUUGAGUGGAUCAAGGAGACCUGUUAGCUAUGUAGAAAUUAUACAGAAACUUGAAAUAAUUCAAAUGAAUUGUUCAUCCAUUUUGUUGAUAUCAGACAGAAGGAAUUGAGGGGGCACUCAUUUCCACACCAGUACUUGUUACAGUAAAAAUUUUGAUCUGUGUUGCCAAGGUGAUUUACACACUUCUCUCCAAAGAUGCCAAGUUUUGUUGCCUGGACAUGAAACGCACAUUUGCCUUCCUCCUUGGAGAGUCUUAUGAAGAAAAUUCACUUAGCAGCAGUUAGAAAUACUUUUUUUGGAAGAAAAAUGAAAACGGAGCUAUGUAUGACUUGUAGGAAAAUUUAUGUAAAACUCUGUAAAAAUUGUUGUGUUAGAGUGAGAGUUGAUUUUUUUUAUUAUUAUUAUUUUUAAAUGGAGAAUAUAUUUAGGUGAAGGUUUUGAGGCAUUCUUGAAGUUGUAACAUUUUGACACUAUUACCUUUUUCUCUUUUGGGGAUGAGUAAAUAGUAGCCGCACUAGUUGACUGAGUAUGUUGUCAUAUAUAUUCAAAGAAAAAAACAGAUGUUUAUCGUAGUACUGUAGCUGAACUCUAAUAGCCUCUUUUUAAUUUUUUCCCUAGUUAAUGUGUCUGUUGUGGAAACCAUAGUGCCUUAACCUGGUUGUCUGAGUAAUCCUUUUCUGUAUCUGCUAAUAAAUGAUACUAUCCAAAAUUUAAUUCACUCUUCUGGCUGUAGAACCACUGUACUGUGGAGAGAGAACAAUAAGAAAGAGAAAACUUUGAAAAACUAUUAGUUUGCUCUCAGCUCUCACCUGAAGUAUAACGUAUGGUUACAACAGACUAAUAAACUGGUCUUUGUAUGUUUGUCAUCAAAUUAAAAAAAAAAAAAAGUUACUAGAUCCAUUCAGUUGCGUGUACGUGUCUGUCCACGUUAUUUAAGAUAAAAUGUUAUAUAUCAGCUGUUUAAGCUCAGUACAUAAGCCCUAGCCCAGUACAAACUUUAUUAAGGGUUAUAUUUUUAUAUUAUAUACAAACUAUUUAUUUCAGUUGAUGUUGCUGCACUGUACUAUUAAUAAAGGAAUUGAAAUAGUCAGA